GGCUGGUCUGGUCGGAGGGGAAGAAAGGUUGUCACCCCAGCGGGUCCUCGCUCCGCCCGCUCCACCCACACCCCGGCGCCCGCGGUCCCUUUAAGAGGCCCCGGCCUUCCUUCCGCGCGCCCGGGGCCGCCCGCCGCAGCCAUGGCCGCGCAGCAGCUGGAGGACAAGCUGACCUGCUCCAUCUGCCUGGAGCUCUACAAGGAGCCGGUGACGCUGCUCUGCGGCCACAACUUCUGUGGGGCCUGCAUCCGGGACUGGUGGGGUCUCUGCGAGAAGGUGUGCCCCGAGUGCCGGGAGCCCUUCCCGGACGGAGCCGAGCUGCGCCGCAACGUAGCUCUGAGCGGCGUGGUGGAGGAGCUGCGCGCCACGCCCGGCCCCGGCCCCGGCCCCGGCCCCGGCCCCGGCCCCGAUCUCAGCCCUGGCGCGCGCUGCCCCCGGCACGGCCGGCCGCUCGAGCUCUUCUGCCGCACCGAGGGCCUCGGCGUGUGUUGCGUGUGUACCGUGCGGGAGUGUCGCCUCCACGAGCGGGUGCUGCUGGACGCCGAACGCCGGGCGCGCGAGGCCCAGCUGAGAGCCACGCUGGAGGUCACCCAGCAGCAGGCCGCCCAGGCCCAGAGGCAGCUACAGGAGCUGCAGCAGCGAAGCAGCCAGAUCCAGAACUCAGCCUGCACCCUGACCUCCGUGAUCUCUGGCAAGUUCAGCCGCCUGCUGCAGGCCCUGGAGAUGCAGCGGGUCAGGGCUCUGAGGGACAUCAAUGUGGCCAAGACCCAGGCCCUGGAGCAGGCCCAGCAGGAGAAACAGCGCCUGCAGGGCCACCUGGAGGCCGUGUCCCUCUGUGAUCGCAGGAUUCGCCACCUCCUGGAGCAUCUGGAUGACUGGACCUUCCUCCAGGAAUCACAGCAACUGGUGCCCCCAGGCCCUCUCGGGCCACUGACUCUCCCACAGUGGGAAGAAGAUCAGCAGCUGGGCGGCCUGAAGGAGUCACUGAGCCAGCUGUGUGCCCUCCUCCUGGAAGAGGGGGCUCACUCCGGAGUACCAGCCGAAGCUGCUGACUUGGGCUCUGUGGAGUCCCCAGGUCCCCUGGCACCAGUCCUGAGCCCAGUGUGUCCACUGAGGAGGAGACUCUGGCAGAAUUAUCGCAACCUGACCUUCGACCCUGUCAGUGCCAACCGCCACCUCUACCUGUCCCAGCAGGACCAGCGGGUAAAGCACCUUCUAAAGCCCCGGGGCCCAGACGGGCCCGGCAGCUUCGAGCUCUGGCAGGUGCAGUGUGCCCAGAGCUUCCAGGCCGGGCAGCACUACUGGGAGGUGCGUGCGUCCAGCCACUCGGUGACGCUGGGCGUGGCCUACUCGGAACUGACGAGGCGCAGGCAGGGGCCCCACACGGACAACAUCGGCCGCGGGCCCAACUCCUGGGGGCUCUGCAUUCAGGAGGACUGCACCCAGGCCUGGCACAACGGGAAGGCCCAGCGCCUCCCAGUCGUGUCAGGGCGGCUCCUGGGCGUGGAUUUGAACCUGGCCUCUGGCUGCCUCACCUUCUACAGCCUGGAACCCAAGACCCAACCCCUGCACACCUUCCAUGCCGUCUUCACCCGGCCCCUCUACCCCAUUUUCUGGCUCCUCGAGGGUCGGACCCUGACCUUGUGCCAUCAGCCCGAGGCCACCCUUCCUCCAGGGCUCCAGAAAGAGGCCUCGGGGCUCAGCGGAGAAAGGCAGGGGACGAGUGCCACCCCGGUGGCCAGGUGCCACCAUUCCCAUGGGCCCCAGAACCGCCCCAGCUGCUCCCCUGGGGACCUGAGGCCACAGCUCUAGUGGGACCAGUUGUUGGCUGGAAGACCAACUCAGGAGCUGGCUGGGCCACUUGGAAAGAGGCGGGAGGAAGCCUCCAAACUGGAGUUCACCUUCCCCUCCUCUCUGAAGGGGGCGAGGCUCAAGGGAGGAAGAUGGGAGCUCAGUUCUAGGGCUGCCUGGACCUCAGAGACCAGCACGGUGCCCAGGUCCUGCAGGAGCGCACAUGCAGGGCAGGACACACCACGGCAGGACAGAGUCACUCACAGGGCAACACCAGUUUACCUCCUACCAAGACAGUGUAGACCUCGGAACAGAGGAUUCCUAGAGGCAGUCUUGAGAAGGUUGAUUUUUACCUUCUCCGUCCUCAUUUCUUUUCUAUUUUCCUUCACAUUUUGGUAUAUUUUCAUCUUCUCUUUUACUUUGUACAUCUUGUGCUCAUAUUCUAUAAACAAUUGUGUUUUUCUGCAUCUUUUAUUUAACAUAAGCAUUUUCCACAUUGUUCAAAUUUUCUCCCUGAAUGACCACAACAUAAAUGGUCAUCCUAAUGACAAAGCCAAAUUCUAAUCAGAAUUUGUUUACCCGUUAUUGGACUUCAAAAUGUUUUAUGUGGGGGCUAUAAAAAUAUGGCCGUGAUGACUUUUUGGGAGGAGGCCACACCCUGCAGCAUGUGGAAUCUUAGUUUCCCCAACCAGGGAUCAAACCCUUGCCCCCUACAGUGGAGAGUCGGAGUCUUAACCACUUGGCCAGGGAAGUCUUGAGAUGACGACUUUUGAGCCGGAAGUUUUGGCCAUAUUUAUCGCCCUGUACGUGGGCUACAUUCCCUAAAGAGGAAUCACUCAACAAAGACACAAUGGAGACUUGAAGAUUUUAUUCUUAUACAAGGGACCGAAAUGAAGAAACCUUGCAUCAGGCCAGCUGACUCCUGCCCCCCGGGCUGCCAGCCAGUCGUCACGGCACAGCCUCAGCUGCCAUCAUUCUCCGCUCAUCCCUACCCGGGUUGUGGGCAUCAAGCGUAGGUGCCAGCACAGCUCCCGCUCCUUUGAUUUUGGAUUUUGCCAUUCAGAACAUGUUUCCCUGCAGGUCCUUGUACAUGUUUUAUCUUGUGUUUCUGGAGAUGAGGGUGCUGGGUCAUUGGGGAGCAAUAAUUUUGUACAAGACAGUACUUCUGGAUCAGGGGAGUGGUCCCAAGGGUGUCUGCUUUCUAAUUUUUUACACUGUACAUGCAUGUUUUAUAGACUCGUGUGUAUUUGACAAUAAAAGCUUUUUUAGAAAAGGA